AUGGUGUGUGAGAAGGGGAUCCAGAUCCUUCUCACCAUCGUGGGGGCAUUCGCCUCCUUUGGCCUGAUGACAGUGGCAAUUGGGACAGAUUACUGGCUCUACUCUCGUGCUCUGAUCUGCAACAGCACAGCCAAUGUGACGCAGGAUGACCCACACAACAAGGACAAGAAAGACCCUGGAGCCCUCACACACUCGGGUCUCUGGAGGAUCUGCUGCCUUGAGGGUGUGAAACGAGGGGUGUGUUCUCAGAUCAACCACUUCCCAGAAGACGCCGACUUUGACCAUGAUGGAGCAGAGUAUGUCUUGCGAGUGGUUCGGGCUUCAAAUAUCUUCCCUAUUCUUAGUGCAAUCCUGUUGCUGAUGGGAGGAGUGUGCAUUGCUGCCAGUCGCUUCUACAAGAGCAAGAGGAACAUCAUACUGGGAGCUGGCAUUCUGUUUGUAGCUGCAGGUUUGAGCAACAUCAUUGGUGUGAUUGUGUACAUCUCAGCAGCGCUAGGCGACAUCUCUCCAAAGAAGGAUGAGGAUAAAAAAUGGCAAUACUCAUACGGCUGGUCCUUCUAUUUUGGUGGUCUUUCAUUCAUCCUGGCUGAGAUGGUGGGGGUGCUGGCUGUAAACAUCUACAUUGAGAAGAACAAAGAGCUACGCUGCCGCUCACGCACUGACAUCUUCAAGAGCACAACGCAUGCUGUGCUGCGACUGCCUAGUUACCGCUUCCGCCGCCGCUCCUCGCGGUCCAGUUCACGCUCUACCGAACCGUCAAGAGGUUCACGGGAUCCCUCACCUGCUGCUGCUGGCCCACCAGGGAGCAAAAGCUUUGGCUUACCCCCCUCAGCACUGCUCUCACAGGGGCCUGUCUCUGUUUCCACCCUGCCCAAUCCACACUCACACUCCCGCUCACACUCAGCCCUACCUGGAGGUGACAUAUCGCUCUAUACCCUGUCACGAGACCCCAAACUGGGUGCACUGGGGGCUCUGGGUGCACCUCCUCUGUAUGGCACAGUGGAUCGUGCCACACUCUACCAGUUGCACAACUGCUUUCCCAAAGAGAGCGGUGGAGGAGGAGCAACCAUGAUGAUGAGCGGCACACUGCCUUCUCUCAAGUCCCACAAUCCAGCAGGAGUGCAGAAUUCGUCCAGUGGAAACUCGGCACCCUCGUCACAACCCCCGCCAUUCUCCUCCUCUACAGUGGAGAGGGAGAGAGGGAUGGGCACACUCGACAGGCUGGCCAAGCCUGAGAGCAAUUCCAACACGCUGAACAGGAAAACCACACCGGUUUAG